AUGGCUCCUGCUUUGAUAGGAUGUACUUCUCCAACGUUCAAUGGAGCGUGGUAUUCGACACAAGAUAUAAAGCGGGAGUGCAUUCCGCCAUGGACAACCCGUAGGCAUCGUCGAACUCGACCUUCGGUAGCCAUGCUUUCCACUCUCAUCGCAACGUCAGUCGCCUUCGCCCUCGCUCAUACCGUCCUUGCACAGGAUGUGCAGUGCCUCACUUACGGCGCUACCGCCUGUCCUUAUACCGGGCCCACCCUAGACGACCUUGAAAGCCUCAUAUCGAGAUUCUGCGGUGAUAACGGGGGAUACCCUUACUAUCAAUACUACGAAGACCUCGAGGCUACGCUUCCUGUUGAAGGGUAUUAUCAAGUCACGAGCGGCGAUCCCGGGAGAUUCUCCCAGAAUACCUGCAACAGCGCAUUAAACCACAUCAUCACCGAAUGUGAUGCGACGGGCGAAUUCUGGGUGACUGGUAUCUACGAGACAGACGGCGUAACUUUCUCGGUCACUCCUUGUGAGCUCGCUUAGGGUACUUCACAUGACGGCAGGUCAGGACCUGUUGUAAUCAAGCGAUCAACAAUUAAGAAAGCAAGCGCUUUUGCUUGUCAGUUACAUUCGACAUUUAUUUGGCGAGCUGCAAGCCACUAUCACCCCUGCGUCCCAACUACCAGCCAACAGCCAGGUUGAAAUCCAA